AUGACGUAUAAACUCAACAUACUAUAAUCAAACACAAUUGUAUUUGGCCAAUAACUUAAAGGUAAAAUAAAUAAAAAAAAAUAUCUGAAUAAUAUCAAAUUUAAUAGGAAAUUAAAACGAACCAAUCUGAGUUCCUUAUAGCGAUCAUAAAUAGAAAAUUUUAUGUAGAAAACUUCCUAAUAUAAUACUAGAAUUAUUACACCUAAUUUAAUAAAAAGAUUUGAAAUAUAUAAACGCUAAACUUAAUUCCUAUCUCUUCUCUAAACGUAGAAUGAAAUUAAUUUGAAAUUGAUAAAGUAAAGACUAUGAAUAUGAUACACACAGUACUAAUUUUAAAGAGGAAUAAAAAGAUUUCAAAGAAGCUUCCGCAAUAUAUUAAAUUACAAGGGGGAUCUGCAGUUCGAUAUUCCCAGUUUAAGAAUGGAAGAAGAUAGGUAUUUAUAUUAAUUUAUUCAAUAGGCUGCUUUGUAAUUAAGAAUUUAAGAACCUUUUAGACGUUACUUAUUAAGAAAGUUUUAGAAAUCAUGGAUGAAAACUAAACAUAAAAUAGAUGCAGAGAUUUCUUGCCAAAACUUAGGGCAAUAGAAAUAGUGAAAAAUUUAUAAUGGUAUUUGAAACAAAACACUAAAGAUGUUUUGGGUUAAUCCAAGACAAGCCAUUUCCUAACUAAUUAUUCAAGCUUUUUAAUCUCACCUCUCGAGGUUGCCUUUAUUUUAUUAAUAGUAAUUUCAUAAUUUUAAUAGAGGCUUUCGAUAAAAACUACUAAAAUUUGAAAUUGGAGAAAUGGCGAAAUGGCGAAGUACAAGAUUCUUGA